UCCGCUCUCUCCGUCCCCAGCCGGUGACUUUGCUGUAACCCUAAAGCGAAGAGGCUGGGAAAUGUGCCUGGUGCAGCGGGGAGAGGAGGUCCAGCCCGGGCAGCCUGCAGACGUCACCUAGUGCAGCAGCAUCGAGCGCAGGGGCAGGAUGGUUAUGGACGAAAGCCAGUGGGUCCCUGAGCGUGAAGGCACCGUCUCCUCCAAGCUCCUGCAGAAGGCGGGUGCGGCCCCGUUUGUGCCUGUUGGCAUCGGGGGCUUUGCCAUGUUGGCCGCUUAUGGCCUGUACAGACUGAAGACCAGAGGAAAGAUGAAGAUGUCUGUGCACCUGAUCCACACCCGCAUGGCUGCCCAAGUCUGCGUGGUUGGAGCCAUCAUGCUGGGGGCAACCUACACGAUGUACCAAGACUACCUGCUGAAACGGCUGCAGGCAGAGCCCAGAAAUAGACACGAGAAGCUGCGCGGUGGAGAUGGAGCAUCUUAGGGCCGACCACCGUAACUUCCCUUUGCAGAACAUGGCCCUGCAGCCUGGCACUCCCUGGGGCUGCUGUUUGCAUGUAAAAAUCCUGCUUUUCUGGUUUAUAAAGUUACAGUUAAAGG